AUGACCAUUGGCCAGAGUGGAGGUAACUUCGAUGGUCAGUUCUGCAGAGCAUUGUCGGACGGCGUUCAGUAUGGGGUUGGUCGGGAAGAGACCAAUCGAUCGUUGGACGACGGACGUGAUCUGACUUCCGAGUGCAAGAGGCUGUGGGCACUUCGAAACAUGUUCUGUGAGGAGGAAAGCAGGCUUGGGCCAACGGACGACGCGUCGGACGUCGAGUGCAGCUCAAAACAGCACGACGACGUCACCGACUUUUCAGAAUACUUCCUCAUGUCUAAUGAAUCAAUAAGUGACAGUGGCUCGUACGAAGAGUGCUACCCUCAGUUGGUCAUCGACCAGCUGCCCAUUCAUGCUUUGUCAUUAGCCGACAAACGCCAGAUUUUUAAGUAUUACAGGCGAUUUGCAUAA